AUGGCCGACUUCUUCAGCAACAAAGCCCGCGCUGCUGCCGCAGCAUCGUCCUCCAAGAACGCCACCACCUCCAAACCCAUUGAAACAACAGAAAGAGCCGUCCCAUGGGUCGAAAAGUACCGGCCAAAAUCUCUCGAGGAAGUCAAAAGUCAAGAACACGCGACGGAGACACUGCGGCGGAUGGUGAACGCUUCAAACCUGCCACAUCUCUUGUGCUAUGGUCCUCCUGGGAACGGCAAGACGAGUACAAUACUGGCGCUGUGCAGGGAACUGUUCGGCCCGGAAUUGAUGAAGACAAGAGUGCUCGAACUGAAUGCUUCAGACGAGCGUGGGCUAUCAGUGAUCAGAGAACGAGUCAAGCAAUUUGCUGCGCUACACUUGACAAACCCGAGCAGCAAGGAAUAUACGCAGAAAUAUCCGUGUCCGAACUUCAAGAUUGUCAUCCUGGAUGAAGCAGACCAGCUGACGCAGGACGCCCAAGGAGCACUGAGAAGAGUAAUGGAAAUCUACAGCACCUCCACACGCUUCGCCCUCUGCUGCAACUAUGUCUCUCGAAUCAUCGACCCCAUAGCCUCGCGGUGCUCGAAAUUCAGAUUCAAGGCCAUUGGCGGUGACCAAGCGGCGGCUCGUGUCGCAGAGAUCCUCAAAGCCGAGAACGUCAACUACGCCGACGGCGUCAUCGAACGAACAUUGAAGGUCUCGGACGGUGAUUUGCGAAGAGCGAUCAAUCUGCUGCAAUCUGCCGCUCGGCUCGUAGGGGCUUCGGCGGCAAGCGAGAAACCGAACGCCAGCAGCAGCGGUAGCGGCAGCAGAAAGAAUGUUAUUCGCGAAGAUAGCGACGAUGAGAUGGAGGAUGUGGACAGCACCAGCAAACCAAAGGACCAGACCGGCACCGCGAUCCGAAUAUCCGACAUCGACGAGAUCGCAGGGACAUUCCCACCUGCCCUGACGGACAACUUGAUUAAAGUACUCCAGAAAGGCAAUACGAGGAACUACAACAACAUUGCCAACGAAAUCACGGAUAUCGUCGCGUCAGGAUACGCCGCGAAUGAAGUCCUCUCGGCUCUAUAUGCGAAGAUCAUCGUGGGGGACGAGGGAGACAUCGUGAUCGCCAAAAAGGGUGACGUAGCUAGGGCUUUGCGGAAGAAGGCGGCUCUGACGCAGACCUUCUCCGAGUUCGACAAGAGGUUGAUCGACGGGGUGGAUGAGCAUCUCGCGUUGCUGGAUAUGAGUUGUCAGCUGGCUGGCGUGUUGGCUGCCUGA